GAAGGAGGAAGAAGAAAAAGAAGAGGUCUUCUUCCCAAAUCUGUGUUAUUGUCGCUUCUGCAGUGCCAGGCCUGGCACGAAAGAGAAGAUAGAGAAAUGGAAGGCGAAUAAGAAGGUGAAGAAUAUGGAUGAGAACGUUCAAGGAAAUGAAAAAAAUCGUAUUGAUCUAGCACUGAAAAACUCCUUGGCCGAGAAAGAGGAUGAGAACCUCUCUGACCUGGAUUCGUGUAAUUGCCACCUCUGCAGAGCCAGUCCUGCCAUGAAACUGAAGACAGAAAAAUGGAAGGCAGCCCAGAAGGUGAACAAUAUGGAUGAGAAUGUGUAUGACAAUGAAAAUGUUUCUAUUGAGUUAACAUUGGAAAGCUCAGAGGAGGAGGAAGAAAAGGACAUCUUCAUCUCAAAUGUGUGUUGUUACAUCUGCAAGGCCAGUCCUGGCAUGAAAGAGAAUAUAGCAAAAUUGAAGGUGUAUCACAAGUUGGACAGUAUGAAUGAGAAAGAGCAGGAAAAUAAAGAUAUUUUUAUUGAUUUAACAUUGGAAACCUUCUCGGGCGAGGAGGAAGGGAAGAACCUAUGUUCCUGCUACCUCUGCAGGGCCAAUAAUGGCAUGAAUGAGCAGGUAGAAAAAUGGAAGGAGGAUCAGAAUGCGAACAAUAUGGAACAGGAUGAGGAGGAAAAUGAAGAGAUUUUUAUUGAUUUAACAUUGGAGAGCUCCUCGGACGAGGAGGAGGAGGAGAAGAUCUCCAGCCCGAGUCUGUACUACUUGUGCUCACACGGAGCCAACAAUGGCACUGUUAAAGAGCUAACAGAGGAGUUGAAGGAGCAGGAAAUGAAUAAGGACAAAAAGAAUGACCAAGAGGAAGAUGAAUGUUUCAUUGAUUUUACGUUGAAACCCUCAGAUGAGGAGGAGGAGCAACUCUCCACCCCAGAGCUAUGUUUUUCUCCCCGCUACGAAGACUCCAGUGGCGGAGACCUGUUCUUAGCCAAAUGGGCCGGAAUCGCAUUCCCGGUUGGUUGCGGCCAGAGACUCACUCCACUGCCACCCCAGUCCCCUGGCCCAGGCUUCAGGCUAAGACUGAGGGCCCCCAGUGUCCUCUGCAUCCAAACCGUGGCAGGUGACAAGCCCCUGCAGAAUCCUGAGGGCUGGCUCCCCACUCCCCAGGGAAGAGAACAGGCCCAAGUUAAGAACUGUCCGUCCGGGCGCUACCGAACCCGAGGGCCCAGGUGGAAGGUGGACAACACCUGUCAGAGCUUCUACCCGCUGCAGGUGAGGCUUGAGCAUAAGAUGAAGCCAAAACCUGGGGUCUCCGAAGGGGCCGAGCCCCGCGGGAUCAUCCUGCAGACUCGGGGCCUGGGGGACCCGGAGGGGUGGGGGGAAACGGGCCAAGCCCCACCGCCCCUUCUGCCCCGGGAUCCCUUGACUCCCACCCAGCCCUUCCUCCACCCCUGCUGCCACUGCUGA